AUGAUACAACAUACGCAGGCAGGCAGCACACCCGCGUUUGGCGCGCCCAGCAGCACACCCGCCUUCGGCGCGCCGGCGGCGAGCAGCGGCGGGUUCAGCUUCGGCGGCGGCGCUGCGCCCGCAUUUGGCGCCCCCGCAGCCAGCAGCGGCGGCUUCAGCUUCGGCGGCGCCUCGACGCCUGCGUUUGGCGCGCCUGCGGCGUCGUCCGCCGGCGGCAGCCUGUUUGGCGGCUCGGCGCCCGCCUUCGGCGCGAGCGGCGGCUUUGGGGCGCCAGCUGCGACCAGCUCGCCUUUCGGCGGCUCCCUCUUCGGCACCCCCACCACGGCGCUCACCCAAGCCGGACCAUCCCUCGGAAUCUUCGGCCAGCCCCCCACCCAGACCGGCGCUGCCGCGAGCAUCUUCGGCGCCGCGGCGGCGGCCGCGCCGCAGCAGCAGCCCGCGGCCGCCCAGUUUGCGCCCGUCGCGCUCUCGAGCGGCGCCGCCGGCGCUGCCGGCGCCGCCGGCGGCGCGGACGCCGCGCGGGAGCUGCAGGAGAUCGCAAACUGCUACAGUCCCGGCCACAGCAGCUUCAAGUUCAGCCACCUCUUCUUGAACGUGGUUCGGCCGGAGCAGCGGGUGCGGCCGCAGGGCGUGGACGAACUGAGCUGGAAGCAGGCCAUCAAGGAGGCGGGCGGGGAGGACAACCCGGAGGGGCUGUGGCCAACGCUGGCCAGUGGGUUUGGUGACCUGCUGAAACGCGCGCAGGUGCAGGCGGCCACGAUGGACGAGAACAAGCAGCGGCUGUCUGAGCUGCGGGACCUGGCCCACAAGCUGGCGCGGCGGCAGGAGACAGACAUCGGGGGCCGCGUGCGCUCCCUCAUGGUGACAGCGGAGGCCGUCUGUGUGCGCCCCGCGCCGCGGAAGCGGGAGCGCCACACCGCGCUGACUCAGCGGCUGCUGAGCAUAGCGCGCAGCGUGGACGGGCUCGAGGGGCGGCUGGCGAUGUACAUGGGCGUCAGGGGCGAUGUCUCGCGGGAGCGGGAGGCGGCGAUCGCGCGGACGAUGGACGGGGUGGAGGGGGAGCUGUCACUCGCGGCGGCAGGCGGGCUGCAGCGCCGCGCGGACGUGGUGGCGGCGGCGGUGCGCCUGAGGGCGUCGGGCGGCGCGGUCAACGGCGGCGGCGGCGGCGGCGGCGGGGACGGCGGCGGCAGCCAGGCGUUGGACGAGGCCAGCAUGGGUCAGCUGUUUGCGGUGCUGAAGGACCACGCGGACGCGCUGCAGCGGCUGCAGGAGGUGCUGCGCAGGGACGUUCUGGACGCGUCGGUCCUGAGGGGCGGCUCCCGCGACCAGACGGCGCCGGCGGGCCUCGGCAUGGCCGUGCUAGAGUCCGCAUGA